GCAUCCGGUUGAUCUCUGAUGUCACCUCCGCCUGUCUUGUUAUGGUGAGGGACGCUCAGUGGAAACACCUUCCUCCUGACUAGAGAUCUUCUGCGUUUAAACCCGAGCUAAACUCUAAACCAAGCCCUUACCUGCUCCGGAGAUGGAGAUAUCCGCGGAAGCGGAGGACGGAGAGCGCAGAUGGGAACUCUGGAAGCUUCUGUCGAAUCUGAAGACGACUGUAGAGGGGCUGCUGUCCACCAACAACCCUAACGUGUGGUCCCGCUACGGGGGUCUCCAGCGCCUGCACAAGGACAUGAACAACAUCCUGGGCCACGGCCUCAGACACGAGCAGAUUUACUAUAAACAGAAAGACUACUGGCGUUUCGUGUGGUGUGUGCGGUAUCUCUGUCCUCAUCUGGCCCGUCACGUGGAGCAGUUCAGUCAGCUGGAGCCGGUGUUGAGCAGCGGUGUUCAGAGCGUCGGCGAGGGUUAUAAAGCCGAGCGUUGGCUUCUACACAGCCUGCAAGCUCACGUCUUAUCUGCCCAGCUCAAACCGCUGCUGCAGCAUAAGACAAACACACAGAAAUAUUACAACGACGGGGCCUUCCUGCUGAGUGAAGCACACGUGUGUGCCAUGUUUCAGUGUCUGGAGGCCGUCGAGCAGAACAACCCUCGGCUGCUGGCUCUCAUAGACACCGGCAGGCUUUCACAUGUGAGAGAGUCUCAGUUUGGUUUGCUGAAGAGUCAGAGUUUAUGUGUGCUGCCCGGGGCCACAGGAAGUUGGAGGCCUGCGGACAAUCCAGAGUCCCGCCGGCUCACCACGUCCGAGAUCUGCCUUACAGAGAGUCCCUACACCCCACUCUCCAAGAGCAGCUCAGAUGUCACUCCAUCCAGCAGUACUCAGGGAGCUCCAUGGGUUUGCUGUAGAGGAAACCAGGACGUAGGAGUCACCCAGAUCUCCUUCACUGAGCCCGCCUCACCUGCUCCGCCCGAGAUCCGGGAUUGUGUGGAAGCUGAUGUGGAUGACGGCCCGGAGUACCUGGCUAUCGGAAAUCUGGGGAAGCCCAAACGGCGCGACUCAUCCAGCUCCACUCAGAGCAGUGAACACAUGGGGACCCAGGGCGACGCCCACACUCCUUUGGCUCCGCCCCCACAGCGCCGCUGCUCCUUCUCAGAGGCUCAGAGGACCACAGGGCGAAGCUCGAGGGGCCACAUCCGCUCUCUCUCCGACACAGGCGUCACGCAGAAGCUGAAAAAUGGAGGGAAUCACAGGAAAAUCACCAUUAUUAUCGAGGACCCCGUCGCAGAGUCUGUUGCAGCUACACCAAUUUCAAAGAGCUGUGGUCCUUUCUCACCCCAGAGCAGUGACAGCAGCACCAACAGUUCCCUUUAUAUGGAGUCUAACGGCAGCCAGUACAACAGCGUCCCAGACGGAUUGUUUCGUAGACCGUCCGAGGGCCAGAGUCUGAUCAGCUACCUCUCCGAGCAGGACUUUGGCAGCUGUGCUGAUCUAGAAAAGGAAAACGCCCACUUCAGCAUCUCGGAGUCUCUGAUCGCGGCCAUCGAGCUGAUGAAGUGUAACAUGCGCAGGACGGACGAGGCGGAGGAAGAGGGCGACAGCGACACAGAAAUCCAGCAGCUCAAACAGAAAAUCCGUCUGCGCAGACUGCAGAUACGCCGCAGGGGGAUGAAGCCACCGCUCUCAUCUAAUAACCCCCCGUCUGUGGACAGUGGCGGCUCACGAAGGAGCUCCCAGGAUUCCUUUCACCCCUCUGACUCCGGCUCGGAUAGAGACGUGGAGGACAUCGAGCUCAAAGAUGGCAGUGAUGGUCAGUCCCUGCUGGCGGUGUCUCAGAGCGGCCUGUCCCUGUCACUCGCCUCCCUCUUCUCAGAUGCAGACAUCAAACGCAGUGUGUCCAGCAGCAGGUCCUUCCUCAGCUCCGACACCAUCUCUCCAUCAGUGCUACAGUCAAACUCUGCAGAGUCGGUGGCGAUGGGUCUCCUCAGACAGUUUGAGGGCAUGCAGCUGCCCGCCGCCUCAGAGCUCGACUGGCUAGUUCCAGAGCACGACGCCCCUCAAAAACUUCUUCCAAUGCCAGAUUCUCUUCCCAUUUCUCCUGACGACGGCGAACACGCAGACAUUUACAAGUUACGCAUCCGAGUGCGAGGGAACUUGGAGUGGGCUCCUCCCAGACCACAGAUCAUCUUCAACAUCCACCCUCCUCCAAAGAGGAAAGUGGUGGUGGCCAAACAGAAUUACCGCUGCGCUGGCUGCGGCAUUCGCAUCGAUCUAGACUACAUCAAGAGGCUGAGGUACUGUGAGUAUCUGGGCCGCUACUUUUGCCAGUGCUGUCAUGAGAACGCGCAGGCCGUUGUGCCAGGAAAGAUCCUCAGGAAGUGGGACUUCAGUAAAAGCUAUGUCAGCAACUUUUCCAGGGACUUGCUGGCCAAGAUCGCAGGAGAUCCGCUCUUCAACCUGAACGACAUCAACAGCGGCCUGUACAAGAAAGUCAAAGCCCUGGAAACAGUGCGCGCAUUGAGGGAACAGUUGAACCACAUGAAGAAUCUCUUAAAAACGUGCCGUUUGUCUCAAGAGGUUCUGGAUCAGUUCGACACUCUUCCUGGACAUCUGACCGAAGACUUUCACCUGUUCUCUCUCAACGACCUCACAGCUGUCCGCAGCGGCGGUCUGGGCCCAAAGCUGCGAGAUCUGCUGCGCCUCGGCUCCAGCCACGUCACGGACUGUGUGCUCUGCCAGGCCAAGGGCUUCAUUUGUGAGUUCUGUGGAAAUGACAAGGACAUUAUCUUCCCCUACGAGCUCAGCAAGUGCCUGCGCUGUGAAGAUUGUCAUGCGUGCUAUCAUAAGACCUGCUUUAAAGGAGGAAAGCAGUGUCCUCGCUGUCUGAGGCUCGCCGAGAGGAGAGAGCGAAUGGCUCGAAAGAACAUGGAGGAGCAGGAGGACAGAGAGGAGGACGAGGCCAGCGGGACCUAACACACAACGCCAGUAAGAUUUUACCAGAGCACAGCUCAACAGUGAAUGUAGUGACUGUUAUUCAGCCAAAUGUUUCUUGAUUCCCGUCCAAAAUUAGCUGCUCUUAAAGUCCUGCUGACUGCAGCACAAUGCAACAUUAAUACUAAAGAGUUUUAUGUGCAAACAAGACGUUUCUGCUUUUUAAGGACCGCUGCUUUCAUACACAAAAUCGUAUUGUUUUUUACUAUGUGGCAUGUUUUGUUUGUUUGUUGCCUCCGUCCUUAAAAAUCCAAUUUUUUUUAUAUUCAAGAGGCUGUUGAGUACUGUCAUAAGCUUUUAUGUGUAAUGUUAUUGUCUACCUGCUCUUUUUUUGGUUAUAGAAUAAGUGUAUAACCUGUUGUGUGCCUCUUUAAUGGCUGUUUGUUUUGAGAGAUGGAGAGGGGCAGCUGAAUUCCAGCGAGUUUUGCACAAUCUGUUUCUCUAGAGGUUUCUAGAAGUGCCGGGUUCAAACCUACUGUGUUAAAGAUCAAAGCUACUAAAACAAAAGGCCUCGUUUGUGAAAUGUGAGCCAAAUUAAUUUAAUAAUUUGUAUAUAAAUAAAUAAUAUUAAUGUGAUGCAACAAUGUACCUUAAGUAAAAUACGAAUUUGAAGUAAAACACUUUUUUUUAAAGUUAACGAUUGAAGUGUAAAUUAUCAUAUUGGACUGAAUGCAACUAUUUAUGUAAGAAUUAUCUUUUGCACUGUUUUGUGCAGAAAUUCAAUUAGCUUUUUCAUAAAACCACAUCAGACCGAAAUUUGCUCUAGUUAUUCCUAAAUCAAUUUAUGCAUACUUGCAUAAAUACGCAUUUACACACUAUUCAUAAAUUGUUUUGGUUUUGUGAACAUUUUAACCAUAAAUAUAAAUAAAAUCAGUUUGUAAAUCCAUUCUUGUGGAAGUUACUUAGAAAAUUGUUUCACUCAAGUUUCACAAAUGAGGCCCAAUACUGGUCUUUAAUGUGAAUUUGAAGGCCUUUUUGCUUUCACAUUUUGCACCUACCAAAAAAUGGCACUUUGUAUGUUUUCUGUCCCUUAUUAGACAAGUCUCGUUGGUUCUUUAAUUUGCACUAGUUUAAUGUUUGUUUGAACGAGAAUUGUAUUAAUGUUUGAGCCAGAACAUCAUUCCAACGUCUCGCAUUCAGUCCAAGAUCUUGCACAGUGGCCCAUACUCAUUCAAUGAAGCUACUCAAGAAAGUUGUACCAAAGUGUUAAUUGAUUAAAAGACUUUAUUACAUUGGAAACUUGUAUUCCAAUGAAACUUGCCACACAUACUGGACCUAAGUUAGUUUGAGUAGUAUUUAAAAGAAAAUAUAUUCAAGAGCCCUUUUGUUUGCUGCUGUGAGUAUAUCUGAAGCAAUAACGACCACUGACCUUAAGUUUAUGAGAUUGAACGAAUGAACAAACUUGCUUUUGUGUGGUUGCUUAUGAGAUCUAAUCUUGAGUUUGUAAUGUUUCAUUUGAUCCUGCUGACUAUGUGUCCACUUGAGCUUAUUGCUGUAAAAUUACUGAGUUGCCUUUUUUAUUCAGGGGCUUUUGAUGCAAAGAUGUACAUAUAUAAUUUCUUAUUGUUAUGUAAAUAUAUGUAACGGACAAUUAAAGAUGUUUAGACUG